AUGACAAAAGAGAUAUUAGAACAUAAAGUAUAUAAUAGAGAUGAACUUGAGAAAAUGAAAAGAGAUGUGUUGGUUGAAAUAAUGAAAGAAUACUCAUUUAAAACACGGUGGCUUAAAAAAAGAUAUGCUGAUAGAUGCGAUCAUUCAACGUCAGGAGCAUCUCGCAGAUCUGAAAUCAAAAACUACCGAUGGCUACUCUCAAUUGGCUUGGUCUCCAAGGAGUUGUUCAAACUGAUAUCAUCGUUGUUCACUCGUGUCGAUCUUUACAAUCGGGACGCUCUCUACAACGGCGAGGUCGAUCCAACUAUGAAUGUACAUUCGGCACAGUCACUCAAGAACUGUAUUCUUAAUCCACGUUCAGUAUUCAAGAAUAUCAUUCACCUAACACUCUCAAUGGAAACCUUCAAGAAUCUAACAGACAAGACAACGACGACAACAUGUACACCAGUCGAAUUACGACUGAUCUUCAACAGUGUCAGAAAGUUCAAGGUGAUCGACACUCAAAGAGAGAAGCCGUUCCAAAUUCAACAUUGUAAGCUGCUCAUCCAGUACAUGCCGAAUCUAAAAUCAUUGAUACUCGAUCAAGCAAAGAUCGACAACAUCAAAGUAUUUCAAAUUCUCCAACAAAUACCGAGAUUGACAUCACUCGACAUCUCAAACAUACGAUGGGGCAGAUUUCCAUCUAAAGAACAUAUCAUCGGUAAUUCCAUGCGCAAGUUGAAACUACCAAUGUAUUUCUCAAGAAUGUGCAGUAAUAUGCCAAGUGAGAAUACCCAACUGGAAACUCUCAGUCUCGGUUCCGUAGAACAAAAAGAUAUGAUUUACUUGAAGGAUCAACUCAAGUAUCUCAACAAACUCAUUGUUUGGUAUGUUCAACACGAAUUAGGUUUGUCUUUGUCGAAACUGUUGUGUUUGGCUGAGUGCCGGGUUCGUACACUCUAUGCCACUGAAACCGGCUGGAUCACUCAAAUGCUACGAACCAAUCGGACCAUCGUAACUCUGGACGUCGGUGAUGAUCUGUCUUCCACUGUCAGAAUGGCAUCGAAUUCGCCAUCGAUCAACCGAAUCAUCUAUCAUAGCAAUAGUACCAUGCACAAUCUCGCCAUGAAUACAAAGACCGAUCGCAAUAAAUCCAGUGGAUAUGCACAUAUCAAAUCAAAGAAUCGACCAUUGUCAAAUCAUGCACAACUACCGAUUUGGAAUUAUGCCAAGAAGAUCUACGAUGCCACAGAUAAUCACACUGAAAACCAAACGAUCGAAGAAAGCUUUCCGAAUCUCAAGUUUCUAUACUAUCGACAUUUCAGCCACGGCUGA